UAAAUUGUACAAAAUUACAAUCCAUCUAUUUGUAGUAGAACCAAACACAAGUUGUUCCAUUGAAAUCAAGUGAGUUGGGGCAUGAAUGUGGUCAUGUGUGAAAUGCAUUCUCCCACGUGCAGCACCGUUAUUUCAUCUUUCCACCACCUUAAUCGCCGGAGAAACACUCGGAACCCUAGCAUAUUACGCGCCAAAUCCUCAAUCCUCAUUCCCAAACAGGACACCAAACUAAAGGAUCCCUUAUCAGACUCCGCAUCUCGACGCCUCAUCCUUCUUCGCCAUGCAGAGAGUUCUUGGGAACAAACUGCUCUUCGCGACCAUGACCGGCCACUGAGUAAGUCUGGUAAGGAAGAUGCUGUGAAAAUUUCUCUCAAGCUCCAACAGUUGGGUUGGAUUCCUGAGCUUAUACUGUCUAGUGAUGCGGUGCGUACUAAGGAGACACUUAAGAUAAUGCAGGAGCAAGUGCAGGAACUACUGGAAGCUGAGGUUCAUUUUGUUUCUAGUUUCUAUUCGAUUGCGGCUAUGGACGGGCAAACUGCAGAUCACCUUCAAAAGGUUAUUUGUAAAUACUCAAGGGAUGAGAUAUUAACUGUCAUGUGCAUGGGGCAUAACAGGGGGUGGGAAGAGGCAGCUUCAAUGCUUUGCGGGGCAUCUGUAGAAUUAAAGACGUGCAAUGCUGCACUGCUCGAGACUGCUGGGAAAUCUUGGAACGAGGCAUUUGCCGCAGCAGGAUUCGGUGGGUGGAAGCUUCAAGGCAUAUUAAAACCAAGUAGCUAGCUAGUCAAGAUUUUCCAUACUUGGUAAUUUUGCUAAUGUUUGCUCAAAAGAUAAAGUUGGCAGCACCAUUGCUUAUUUUAGGAAUCCAAAGCGCCAUAGUUUGGUCAAGGGUUGACGGCUACAGAGCUGAUGACAAGAAGAGAAAAAUACUUGAUGGAAGAUGGAAACUGAUGAAAAAGGCUUGAUUUGGCAGAGCUCAUCCUUCAUUUACUGCUUGGUAUAGUAUAUAAAGCAUAUAGGUUCAUUGAAUUGAACUCAUGCUCUACUCAGUUGUUGCUGUUUAACAUACACAACUUCAUGUUUCAAAAGAGAAAAUAAUUGCUUUUCUAUAUCAUGCAGAUGCUGUUACAUGUUGCUUUA